AUUCAAAAACCACAAAAAGCAACCGAACACUCCCUCAGCCAAUUAGUCAUCUCUCUCUCUCUCUCUCUCUCUCGCUCUGUAGCUUGAGGAAUGGGUCAAGGUGUAGAACGUUCAGGAAUUGAAGACGAAGGAUCGCUGUUACAAGCUUGCACCACAGGGGAUCAUGGAAGAGGGUCAGGCAGGAGCACCAGCGUUAAUAUUUCAGCAGAAAUACUCAAGAGCAUCAGGGAGUCGAGGUCCUUCCGCCACGCCACCAUCCCCGAUGCAGUCUCUUCUCCAGCUUCAGCUGGUUGCAUUAGCAAGAACCAAAUUGCUCCAUCAACUUACUGCUUCACUGAAGCUCUGAAGGCCAUACAACAGACUAGGUGUGGAUCAGGAAGGGAAAGCAUGGUGCCCAUCAGAUUUUUGGAAAGAAAGGUUUUGAACUCAAAGUGGGAUGAAGCAGAGAAGUACAUAAGCAACCCACUGUCUGGGGAGGUGCCAAUCCAAUGCCUUUCUUCCUGUGUGACUGCCGAGACUUGGCCUGAACGUGCCCAUGAUAGACCGCGCAGCUCAGUCAGAAGCAUUUCCAAGUCCGCCCCUCUACCAACGCCCACUUCUUAUCAACGUGUAGAGCCUCAUCCGGUGCCCACUAUUUCUGAAAUUAAAAAAGUCACCUUCUCAGGCAAUGCAGAGGUAGGACAGCUAAAGAGGAGAAACGGAUCAUGGAUGAGAGACGUCGGAACGCAAAUCACACCACUAGAUUGUAGUUCUAGCAGCCCAAGCAUCACAUCAGCUCCAUUAGAGGAUGAGAGGUCAGAAAGCUUUAGAUUAAUGGGCAGGAGGUGCUUUAUCUUCCAAAGAAAACCAAAACCAGAAGCUCUUAAGAAAGAAUCUAAGGCAGCACCAAGAAAGGAAAAGCAAGGAAGAUCUAAUGAAAACGAGGCAAGGAAGAAAGUGAGGGCACUCCUGGGAUGGAAAAUGUGGGAAGCUUGUAACUGCAAGCAGGAAAAAGAAAAGGAAAAGAAAAAGAAAAGGAAAAGAAGAAGAAGAAGCAGAAUAUCAAGAAGAAUAGAGGAAAGAAAAGAGAGAAGAAGGGAGAGGAGAUAGCAGGAUAUCAACCACACCACAGAAAAGCGAAAAGAGAUCUUACAAUCAUUACUCUACAGGCAAUGCUGGUGGAGUGAAGAGGGGAAUCUGCUGCUGCUGCCUUGAGGAGGCCCACUGCUCUUUGGAUCUUGACAGUACCUUGUCCCUGUCUUCCUGCUCAUUCGCUGCGAAAGGCUGGCCCAUGUCACGUGCAGCUUUUCACGAUACAACCAGGAAUCAGACCAAAAGGACAGACCCCAUGGUCCACGUUGAAGGACCCCUCUUCUGAUCUUCUCUUUGCCUUUAGCUCUAAUCUCUCAUGAAGCAUGCCUUUGAAUCUGUAUGGAUUCACAAGAACCAGAUCUUUCUGGCCCUUGUGGGAAGUUUUGUAGUCUUUUUUUUCUUUGGCUGUUUUGAGGUUUAACUUUCAAGGACCAAGUUUGGCAGAAAUCUC